UGAUAGCUAACAGUUAGCUAGCGUGAUUUGGAAAGAUGGCUGGGGACUUUCGGGGUUUUGCGCUAGAAAAAGCCGAGCUGCUAUCCAGCCGUUUAAAGGAGGUAUUGUCUUCGGGACAAGGAUAUGUUCGGGCUCAGUUCGGGGUGGAUUUGGGUCUGAAGCCUGAGUUGUAUCCGACAUGGGUCAUCCUGUCAACGGCCGCGGUGGGUCUGUUGUUGCUACUCGGUCUGUCAUGGGCCGCCGUUUGUAGCGGUUUGUUCAUCGGGAAAAAGCGGGGAUCCCCGGUCUCCCAAGGCAUCUGUGAGCCUGAUAAGGUCAAUUUAGCUAAAAUUGCCAAACCAGAAGAACAGAAGAAAAGGUCCAGGAAGAAAACGCAUGAAAAGAAGACUCAAUCCAAUGGACAGCCAGUGGCUGUAGCUCAGGAGGAAGUUAAAGUGACUGAAGCAGUUUCCAAGAUAGCCCCGCAGGUCAAAACUGAGAAGGUGCAUGAGGUGCAGGCCCCAGUGCAGGUGAAAAAGAACAAGAAGAAAACCAAGACAGAUGUGAAACCAGUCCAGCAAGUGUCUACAAAUGAUGGGAAGGAAGCUGAUGAUGGUGCAUGGGAGACCAAAGUCAGUAACCGAGAGAAGAAACAGCAGCGCAGGAAGGACAAGGGCCCUGAGGACUCUGGUAGCUCAGGAGGGGUGGAGGCUCUGAAGACCAAUGUGGAGGGACCUGUAGCCACAGCACCGACCAACACCAAGAAGAACAGAGGAAACCAUGAGUCCAGGCAUUCAAGAUCUACUGGAAAGGUGGAUGCAGCCAGUGGGGCUGGGUCCUCCAGCUGGAGAGAGGAGCCUUCAGUCAAUGGUGGAGGUUGGACUGACAUGUCUAUGAAGAUACCAGGACAGAUGGGUGCGAUGGAGGGAACCAAGUGGAGCGGCAUUCACACAGCGACACAUUACAGGGCCCCACCUAAGCGGCAGUCCUGGGCACAGGAGACGCAAGUGGCAUGGAGUGGCAUUGAUGGCCGGAUAAAGACUGACCUCAACCCUGUGUCCUUCUCCAUGCUGGGACAAAAUGCUACAGAUCCAACAGCAAAUUCAAUGGAGAUGCAGUGGUCGAGUCGUCCUGACGUUGAUGAUGAAUGGUCUGGAUUCAAUGGGAUGGCAGCAGUGGACCCCAGCUCCGACUGGAAUGCUCCAGCAGAGCACUGGGGAAACUACGAAGAGCCCCCUGUUUUGGUAACACCAGCCCAUCCACCGAAGGAACAGCCUGUCCACCACAAGGUAUCGGAGGAUGAGAAGGACAUCGAGGAUCCCCCCGGUGCAGCAGCCAAAUCCAAGAAGAAGAGGAAAAAAAAGAAGAAAGCUGAGGAGGAGGCUGCAUCUGAAGCUCAGACGCCAAGCACAGUGCCCCAAGACCUUCCUGUGCAGGCCUCCAAAAAGCAGAAUCCCAGCAUAUCCUCCUCUCAGAAAAAGUCUGAGCAGAUUGCGGAGCCUCCGAAGGCCUCCCAGAAGAAGAAGGUCCGAAGAGAAACGUGAAGCCACAUCACAGGUCCAUUCAAAGCAUAUGCAAAUGAUUGUUAAAUGUGUCACAUGCAAUAAUAACCAGGUACAGGAGUUUCUUUCUAAGAUACAUCAACGGUUUAUCAGUUACCAAAACAAAAAGAAAACAAGCAGCAGAUGUCGCCUGCUUGGCUAAAUACAGUGAUGAAAUGUGGUCCUAUGGACUGAAAUCUUAAAACUAAUUUGCACUAUUUGCUACGCUGCAACCAGAGUGGAGUUUCAGGGGAGGUGGGCUUACAGUGGAGGUACAUGUUCAUGUAAUUAUUUUUUAUGGCAUCAGAAGUAUUUUUUCCCUUCAAGAGUGUGUGUUAAUAAUCGUUAACCCAAAAACACAAAACAGAUUUUUUUUUUUUGUAUUAAAUGAAAAUUUUAGUUGCAAGAGACGCGUGCAUUUUUGCUCCCCAGAAUAUUGCACUUUGUUUUGUUUUCCAUGCUGCUGCCCCUAUAUCAGUGACUGAAAAGUGUGGGAGCAAGCUGCAUGCGAGGGCUGGUCUCAGAUCAGAAUAGGUUCAGAUUUCUUUUUUUUUUUCUUUUUUUCCCCAAGGCUAUCUCAGUACAACACUCACAUGCAGCUCACACUCAUAUGUGUGUUGAAGGAGUUGAGGGUUGUUGUAGUCAUCCCAACUCUCUAUACUGGCCAUGAAGUGAUUUCCUCCUAGAGCAGCACCAGUAUUAUCACGAAGGACAUUGCACACCCCUAACAAAAACCCUCUGUGUUUCCCUGGACAUUGUUUUCUUGCUGAUGUGUGAGUGAUACCUCCUGGCAGUCACAUGCAGGUUUGUUGCCAUGACAAAAUCCAAACAAUAAACUUACAUGUGACUGCCAGGACAAAGUUACCCACUUGAUUUGGCUCUUCUCAGACUGAUGAAGCCUCAUGCUAGUUUUGGAUGAACAACAACUUGCACAUUUGUGCAGAAAAAAUGCAUUUUGUAGCCCAUUUCUUACAGUGUAGUCGCUCUAUGAAGGGAUCCCCGCACAGCCAGUGUGGACAGCAGUGAUGUGUAUGACUAAAAACUCUUUUAAUGCACAGAUUACAUGUGAGUGUCAUGUUAACAUAGUGAUAUUUUGCAAGAGUCUAUCAUUUGAGUGUAAAAACUUGUUUGUGAAGAAUGGCAGCUGUGGUCAGGUUGAAUUCUGUCAGCGGUGGGAAGUUUCACAGCAGGAAAAAAAAUAUCCACAGCCACUCCUGCAGCGUAAGCCACCUCUGCACUGUCCGUCCCUGUGAUAGUAUGUUCCAUACAUUCAUAGUUUUACCAAAAUAUGCUUAAAUACACAGCUGCCUGAGCUUCAGAGCUACAGGGAGAGGCAUAGACACUGAAGCUGUGUGUUCAGCCACAUUUUGCUCAAACUAUGAUGACAACUUGCAGCACAGUGACGGCUGGAAAGUUACUGAUUCAUUAUUUAUGGAGCAGAUCAGAUAAUUGUUUUAGAAAUUUGGAUGUUUGAUUCAUUCUGGAUUCACACUGGGGAAUGUUGAUAGCUGCUGUGUAGAGAGCACAGUAACUGGUCCGAACCACCAGGAGGCACUGUAAAGUGAAGUAAAGGAGUAGUGGGAUCACAGCAGUAGCGCUGUAAAGUGUUGUCCACUCUGCUUUUAUCAUUCUGAGUGUCUGUCUUUAUCUGACGCGACUGUAUGUUGAUUUUCUAGAGACUUGAUUGUCCCUCCUGCACUCUGUAUGAUUUUUUUGAAACCUUUUUUCUUCCAGUUGUUGUGCUAGAAAAAGCCUCGCCAUAUGUACAGAUUGUAAGGGCUUUUUCCAGGUCUGUGAUUGCACUGUGCAAAAAGGCUGUAUUGAGUUCCUUUUGAUGUCAGUGAAUUGUUUUUUACUACCUUUUUGCGGAAUGUGAAAUGUGUAACUUUUUUUGGUUUGUACCUGACUUCCAGGAUGUGUGAUGGGGGAUUUUUUUUUUUUUUUCCACUUUGAGAAUGAAGACAUACAUAGACAUAUGAUAUGGAGCAGCUUUAAUUCCACAUCAGAGUUGGUUUUAAACGAGACACACACAGAGACACACACACAAUUACACAUAUAUAAAGGAAUUUAAUUCCAUUGCCUUAACCUGUAGUUGUAUAGAAAGUGCAUUGGCAUCCUUUUUUAUAGUUUCCAUCCAAUUGCAAGUUUUGAUGUCAGAAAUUAAUUUGAUCUUGCAUGACUUUGAUAAUAGUACUUGUGUACAUAAAAUGAAAAGAACGAUCUCUUGCUUUAAUUGUUAGUACUUGGUCCUGGAGUACCACUCAGUGUAUAUACUGUAAUAGCUUUUUUUAAUGAGACAAGUUGCAGCUUUUCUGUGGGCACCCAAUUUGGCAGACAUUAACAGGAGUCUGUUGUUAGUAGGCGAAGAGCCUUAGUGCUUCAAGUUGUUGAUCAGCUGGUGUUGGUAGACUUGAUAGAACAAAAUGAUAUGUCGCUGUGGCUUCAGGCACCCUUUUUUGGUUGAAUUUUUACUGAUGAUUAAGAUGGAUUCAGCCAAUGUAUUUAUAUACUUGUCUCUAGGAAAUGGUUUGUGAUUAAACGAAAUGUGAAUGAAUUUGUUUAAUGAGGAGAUACAAAUAUUUCUAUGUUCGUUUGGUAAAAAUGAAAAAAAUAAAUGCAAAUUGC